ACUCCAGCUCAUAUCUAGGUCAGCGUCAGGGUUGCAAGAAGACUGGCCAUGGACAAAAAAGGGUUUCUGCAGCGUUUGACAGCGGGGGAAACAAUCUUAGUAGCGGAGGGAUAUAUGUGGGAAUUUGACAGACGUGGCUAUCUGAACCGUGGACACAAUGCUCCGGAAGUAGUAAUGGAACAUCCCGAUCUUGUAAAAGCAAUGCAUCAUGAAUUUGUUCAUGCUGGGAGUGACGUAGUUUUAGCAUUUACUUACUGUGCUCAUCGAGAGAGACUGAAGUCAAUUAAUAAAGAAGACUAUGUAGAGAAGUUGAAUCGUCAGGCUCUUCGAAUUGCUAAAGAAGUGGCAGAAGAAACAGGUGCUCUGUUGGCAGGGGGGAUAUGUCACACAAGGGUCUAUGACGAAAAUGAUCCUGUUGCUGUAGAGAAGUGUCGGCAAAUGUUUAAGGAAAUGGUAGAGUGGGCUGUCGAGGCGGGAGUAGACUAUAUCACUGGAGAGACAUUUGACAUUGUUAGUGAAGCCUUGUUAGCAUUAGAAUGCAUUCAAAAGUACGGAAAAGGAGUCCCAGCCGUCAUUACAUUUGCUUCAUAUUGUCCCGACGAAACGGUAGAUGGCGUUCCGAUACCAGAAGCUUGUCGUCGAUUGGAGGAGGCUGGGGCAGCAGUUGUCGGUCUUAAUUGUGCUCGGGGUCCCAAGACGAUGAUUCCACUGCUCAAAGAAAUCAGAAAAACAUGCAAGGGUCCAAUCGCUGCCUUACCUGUACCAUUUCAAUGUCGGGAUGAUUGUCGAACAUUUUAUUCUAUCAAGGAUAAAGAAUCAGGUGAUUAUUUGUAUCCAAGGAAUCUGGAAAGCGCAAGGUGUGGGGCCAAGGAUGUUAUAGAAUUUGCAAAAGAAGCCCAGGAAAUAGGUGUUCAAUACCUUGGAUUGUGUUGUGGAAAUACUGCAGCCUACAUGAGGGAUCUGGCCGAGACGCUGGGAAGACGACCCCCCGCCAGCAAGUACUCCAUGGACAUGUCAAAAUCGUAUAUCCAGACGUCCAAUUCAGACAAAAUUAAUGUCAUGGCCAAGAAAACGCGUCUUUAUAUGUAUGGCACGGACUAUAUGGUUCAGUAAUCUCCAAAUUGAAAGCAUGAAUUCUGUUCUCAGUUUUAGCCCAUAUUAGAAACGUGUAUAUACAACUUACCCAGUAUUUCAUUCCGUAUAAUAAAUUUUCGUUUUCAUUUAAACGGAAUCAAUAUAUACUAUAAAGAGCAUACAUGCUUGUAUUUGAAAUAAUUA